AUGGUUGCAAAAGGCGAGGGUCCAGCGAUUGGUAUCGACCUUGGAACAACCUAUUCAUGCGUUGGUGUCUGGCAACACGGCCGUGUUGAGAUCAUAGCCAAUGACCAGGGCAACAGAACGACACCAUCUUAUGUUGCUUUUACAGACACUAGACGUUUAAUUGGUGAUGCCGCCAAAAACCAAGCCUCCAUGAACCCUAUCAACACUGUUUUUGAUGCAAAGCGCUUGAUUGGUAGGAGAUUCAAUGAUGCUUCUCUUAAGAGUGACAUGAGAUUUUGGCCUUUCAAGGUAUGUGAUGUGGAGAACAAGCCAAUGAUUGUGGUCAACUAUAAGAAUGAAGAGAAGCAGUUUACGGCCGAGGAGAUAUCUUCAAUGGUUCUCGUUAAGAUGCGAGAAAUUGCAGUGGCUUACAUCGGAUUGGAUGUCAAUAAUGUUGUUAUAACUGUCCCAGCAUACUUUAAUGACCUUCAGCGUAAAGCCACAAGGGAUGCAGGUGUAAUUGCAGGCAUGAAUGUUAUGCGUAUCCUCAAUGAGCCAACAGCUGCUGCCAUUGCCUAUGGUCUUGACAGAAAAGAAUCCAUUGUUGAUGGAAAGAAUGUUCUUAUUUUUGAUCUUGGUGGUGGUACAUUUGAUGUUUCCCUUCUCAGAAUUGAAGAGGGAGUUUUUGAGGUGAAAGCUACUGCCGGAGAUACACAUCUUGGGGGUGAAGAUUUUGAUAAUAGAAUGGUGAACCAUUUUGUGCAAGAGUUCAAAAGGAAGCAUGAAAAGGACAUUAACAAUAAUCCCAAAGCAUUGAGGAGAUUGAGAACGUCUUGUGAGAGAGCAAAGAGAGCUCUUUCUUCCACAGUUGAAACCACCAUUCAACUUGAUUCUUUUUUCGAGGGUAUUGAUUUUCACACCACAAUAACGAGAGCAAAAUUUGAGGAGAUCAACCUGGAUCUAUUUAAAAAAUGUAUGGAACCUGUGAAUAAAUGUUUGAAGGAUGCUAAAAUGGACAAGAGCAUUAUUGAUGAUGUCGUUCUUGUGGGCGGCUCUACUAGAAUUCCAAAGGUACAAAAACUAUUGCAAGACUUUUUUAAUGGCAAGGAACUUUGCAAGAGCAUCAAUCCGGAUGAAGCAGUUGCAUAUGGUGCCUCUGUACAAGCUGCAAUUUUGAGUGGUGAAAGCAAUAUUGAGAAGGUACAGGACUUGGUCUUGUUGGAUGUCACUCCAUUUUCACUUGGUACAGAGCGUUUUACCGGAGAGAUGAAGGUUGUGAUCCCAAGAAACAGUACCAUUCCCACCAAGAAAGAAAGAGCUUCUAAAACCGUCCAAGAUGGACAAACAUGUAUAAAUUAUAGAGUGUACGAGGGUGAAAGACCAAGAGCCCGAGACAACAGAUUGUUGGGUACAUUUAGGCUCGAAGGGAUCCAACCUGCUGCUAGGGGAGUAGCUCAGAUCACAGUUUGCAUGGAGAUCGAUUCCGAUGGAAUUCUGGUUGUGUCUGCUGCGGAAAAAUCGACAGGGAAUAAGAGCAAGACCACAAUUACCAAUAACAGCAAAGGCAACCUAUCUAAGGAGGAGAUCGAGCGGAUGAUGCAGGAGGCAGAGAAGUACAAGUUAGAGGACGAGGAGAAUAAGAAGAAAAUGGAGGCUAAGUUUGCAUUGGUCGACUAUAUGCAUACAAUUAAGGACAUGGUUUCUUCUGAUGAGCUCCAAGAUCUCAGUCGAGGGCACAAGAAGAAAAUUGAAGUUGCGCUUAGAAAGGUUCAUCAUUGGCUUGAAGAGAAUCAGGAUCAACUUGCUGAAUGUGAAGAAUAUGAGGAUAAGAGGCAAAAGCUUGAAAACACUUACAAUCGAAUAAUUGCAAAGAAUAUGUAG